CGCGAAGCGCGGCGUGUCCGGUCACGUGGUUCCGCCGCGCGCGGCCAGCGGGGCCGGGUCGGGGUCGGGGCCGGGAUCGAGCUCCGGUCCGGCAUGUUCCGCAUCGAGGGGCUGGGGCCCAAGAUGGACCCCGAGGAGCUCCGCCGGAAGAUGCGCCGCGACGUGCUCGCCUCCGUCCGCAACUUCCUCAUCUACGUCGCACUGCUGCGGAUCACUCCGUUCAUCCUGAAGAAGCUGGACAGUAUAUGAGCCCUCGGGGCCGGCGGGAUGACCUGCAGCUGCUCUCCCCGGCGCCGGGCACCCGCGGCGGGAGCGACACGCAGCCGGCGCCACGUGGCUCCCGAAGGUGUCCCCUCAGCGUGGCCAGCCGGCAGCGUCCGCGGGGCCGGCAGCACGGGCGGGCCCCGCGGGGGAGCCCCGGCCGCGGGGCGGGCACGCCGCGGCUCUGACGGAGCGUUCCCUGUGCUGUGAACAAAGCCCCUGAUCACCCCUCACUGUGGCUGCCCAGCUCACCCACCCAUCCGUGUGAACGCCCAGUCCCCCUGCACCCAGCUCACCAGGUCUGAUGGAAAUAAACGGGAGAGCAGCUGUGCCA